CACCCGAGAGCUUCCAGCUUCGCUUUGACUCCCGUCUACUGCAGCUGGAGCUUAACUGCGUGCUGGACUCGAACGACCAGAACUUGUUCUGCUUUGAGGAAUUCAGCAGGGAAGGGAGGAGCAGGAGAGGAGGGGAGGACAGGAGUAGAAAGAGGAGCAUUCGCAGAAGAGAGGAGUGGUAAGAGAAGAGGUGAACAGGAGAGAAGAGAGAAGAGGCUGCUGGUGUGUGGUCAUCAACGAAGGAGGAUCGAAUACCUCGACAGGCCAGCAGACCAGACGCGGAAUGAUACGAUCUGCUGCCAAUUCUCGAUAGACUGCCUUUCGUUUCGUUUUUUGAGUGAGCGAUUUCGGACCAGAAAACCGGAAUGAUCGAGGACCAGGACAAGAUCUGGAGAGACUGGGGUUCUUUGCCUUUCAUCCUGGGAAUCGCAAGGAAGAGGAGGUGUAGAUAAGGAAGCGAUUUUGUGCUAGCUUGAGGAACCAUGGAGACAUCCGUGCCCAAAAACCGGGCCAAGGCGAAGCUUGGUAACAAGUAUCAAGCGGAGAUUCCUAGUUGUAAAUCCAGUAGUCGGAUUAGAGCUUGUGAUUAUAACACCAGAGGUCAUUUAUUUGCCAAUGGACUUGAAGUUCCCGUCACCCGCAUUGCAGUGGAUUCACAAUCCGCCAGCAAGAACCGAAAUCUCCAUACCAAUCAAGCAAGUUGUAGUUUCAUGUCAGCUGUCAACUCAUCACGGUCUGCUGAUACACAGGAGCCUCAUGUCAGCAACACAACCACAAUGGACAUUCAUGGACGAGGAGAUAAUGGCAAAGAUGUUAACUCUUGUGCCUCUUCAUCGAGGGAAGCGUUCACCUGGAAUAGAGACUGCGCUACUACUGAAGACGGGUGUCAAGGUGCAGAUGAGGAGGAAGGACAAGCUGUGAGCAUUCAUCCGAAGAAGAGGAAGAAGAAACGGAGUUGUAAGAGAAAUUCCUGGCAGCCGAAGAGGAGGGUCACCAAAAAGGCUCGAUUGGAAAUAAAUUCUGCACAUUGCUUAGAAGACGAGGAAGUAGAGGAGGAUUCGGACUGCAACCGGGAUUUUGUUCCUGGUUCUAGACCGGAAUCGUGGGGCAACAAGGAAGUCUCGUCUUUCAAACUCGCCAUUUUCCUUUUUGGAAGAAGCUUCUCUGACAUUUCCAAGUUCAUCGGUACGAAGAGGGUGAGCGACGUCUCCCACUAUUACUACUCCAAGUUCUAUGGGAAAUCUGCGUGGGGUCGAUAUAAAGCUGCCAAGGACAUCAAGAGCAAAGUAGCCGUCAGGGGUGAAGCGAUUCUAGAGGGGUCGCGUCAGGCUGAAUUCUUGAGACGACUCAAGGCGCUUGUCUCAGACGAUGCGUAUCGCGACAUCCUGAUGGCCACGAACACUUUCAAUGCCCCCCUUCCAGAGACUCACAUUCCUAGCGACAAGUAUGUGCGGAGGAAGCAGGAGAAGUGGAAAACUUAUGUUUUCAAGCUGAAGGACUUGAUCGGACUGGAGCUUUUCGAGAGGUGUGUAGGAAUCGGGGGUCCUCUGGAUGGUCAUAGCAGUAAACGGGACCUCACCGCUGGGUCUUAUCCUCUCAAUCACGGUAUGCUGCCACGCCAAGUCAAGGAGAAACAAUCUGCUCGCGGUGUUGGAAAAUCUCAUCAAACACUGCCCGUCUCUACCGGCAACGAGAACCAUUGUCCUCUACGGAGUGAAGACUCCAUGCAGUCUACGCUGUCUGUGGGCGAAAAUUGGCUGCGGAGAAGUACGUCUUCUUCUGAAGAUGUCGCUCAACAUUUCUGGGAACAGGUCUGGCCGGUCCUGAAGAACGCCGGGUGGAAAAUUGAGGAGCGGAAGGUGUCGAUUAAGAGUUUAGAGAGGAUGUUGUUUGUUCGCCCUGGGGUAGAGAGAAUCCACAAGGAUGACAAAGGAAUCAGCCACUUCGAUAACCUGAACGAUGUCCUUGAGGCCGUCAAGGAUGAUCCCAUUCUGAGUCAGUUUGCGGAAGAGAACAUGGAUGGCUCAGAAGCUCUUGACCAAGAAGAGGAAGUGCGGCGAGGGUGGUCAGAAGACGAAGAUAUGUUCACAACUCUCGAUGGGAAGCGCACAAUCGUGCCCAUAGCCAAUGCCUCGGUCAAGCCUAGGGUUGUAGAGGAUAGCUCUGAGUCGUCCUCCGUGGACAUAGAUCUGAAUAGAACACUGAGUGCUGUCAACUCCAAACCACAAGUGCAGUCGGCAAUAGAAUGUGAGCAACAAGUGGAGCGACCGAAGGAAGCGUUGAGUCAUACUGAAAAGAAAAGUAGAUUUCCACUGGGAGGUAUAGACCUCAAUCUGUUACCUGCCGAUAACGAGUGUAUAUCCGAUACUGGUGCAGAACCUCAAGUUUUCGAUAGACUGGAAUACUUAGAUUACUCGAGUGGCCUGAAGGAGGAGGAGCCUGUUUCCGUUCUUGUCGAUUCGGUCCAUGCAGAAACGGAGUUGACCCUCUCAAUAGGGAAUUUUUUUGGUGGGCAAUUUUCUGCUCCUUGUCCUUCACGUCUCUCGCAGGACUGCAUCGACCAACCUUCUGUGCAGCUACGGAGCACUGAAGAAGAUUACGACCGCAGCUGGUCGCCAGCAUCAAGUCAGCUAGGAAGGCUCAUAAAUUCCACUCCUAUUCAACUUCCUUCACGGAAAAGACCUUUGAGCUUUCAGGGAUGUGAUACGGGAGGAGACUGGUUCGACAAUGGCAAGGAGUUGGUGUCAUUGCCCAAGAAAAGGGCAAUAACUUUAGAGAUGAUUCCCCGAGGGUUGGGUGAAUUGCCGAUUACGACUUAUCUGAUCCGCCUGAGUGAUGCAGCUUUGGCUCAAUUUUCCAGUAGAUUAUCUUCUCCUAAUGCUGCUGUGCCUCGGAGAUGGUCUUUUCCUAAAAGCCAUAUCGAGAUGGGAUUCUCCUUGGACGCCUUCCGGAGUUUCAUCCAGGAUACUGCCUUACUCGUGAACUCAUCAGGCAGGGCGAGGGGAGACUUUCCUCGUAAGGCCUUUCCUAAAGCUUUGCAGGAUGCUGGGUCCUCUGGCUCGACACAUCGUACGAAUAUGGCCAUCGUGCCUGGUUUCCAUCAGCCUAGAUGCAAGGAGGCUGAAGAUUGCACUAUCGAGGAGGAGGAGGAGGCCGGUUUUGCAGACAGCCAGCGACAUGUUUCCGCAUCAGAGGUUGUGGAAGACGGAGAUGUUGAUAAUGCCGACUCUAAGAUGAAGAUUCAGCAGUCCGUGUCGUUCCAGUCAAAUUUUUCGCAUUUGUUGAUGGGAUCUUCUGAAGGAGAGCUUCAGACGGAGAUUCCGGAUCCUGCCCCUUACGUUGUGAGUUCUCAACGCAAGAGAAGUUCUCUCGUGACCGGUUCCAGGCCCCCCAAGUGCAGGGUGGUCGAUGGCGACACCGUCACCACCGCUGAACAGGAACGGAUUCCAGAGCCAAAAUUAGGCCAGCGUGAAGGAAGUCCUGGUUGCACCGCCAAGCCACAAUGUCAGAUCAAGGCUAUCAGAUGCCACUUCCGAGACCCCAGCGACCAGCCGACUCUACACAAGGAAAGGUCCAAGAGAGUACCGCGUACUUACUCUUCUUGGGUAAAACCUAAGGUUUGGUCCCGAGGUGAUGUCGGUGAUUUUUCAUCAGUUUCUGAGAGUUUGAACUCGUGUUUGACGACUGAUAGCUUUCCUAUUCAUGGUAGGAAUGAGGAAGAGGCACCUCAAGGUGCCCAACUGAGAGUGAAGCAUGAAGACAGUGAUAGAUUGAGUCCUGGUUCCAUUAGGUCCUGCGGCACGGCCGACCAGGAUGAGGAAAUUUUGAGCGAAGGUUACGAAGAAGAGAAGCCAUUUCGGACUGAGUGUAAAACUUCCCGCGAGAUGUAUAGUCCAUCAGCUGCAGGUGAUUAUCAUGAAAGCAGCUUGUAUAAAAAACCAGGGAAAAUCAGCUGUGAUACUUCUGCGGCGUGGAGGAGGGGCUCUCAGAAUGUUUACCUCGGCGUAGACUCGGACAAUAAGAGAAGCUCAGAUGAGCUUGACAUCAGUGAAGGGUGUGCGGACAGCACCGGUAAGCGAAUAAAAGUCAGUGGCAGUGACAUGUACAGUGCAGACCUUGGGGUUGGGGAAGAAUGUGGCUCGAAAAGGAGACACAAGAGAUCACCACAGAAGAAUCAGAUCAAGAAUAUCUAUUGUAAGAGAUUUUUGAUCAUGCUUCACAUGGAUUCCACAGAAGAAGAAUUGCCCAUGCAGAAUCGCUCAUCACAAGGGCCGUUCUCCAUACACCUUCCCCACAUGAGAGAGGCUAAACAGAAGAAGCUCAGGAUAAGGCGUCCGUCUUUGCCCUGCCGCACGAAGGAGACAAUUACAGCAGCGUCUCCAAAGCGACCUGCAGGCUCUGCAAAUGUACCGGGUGAGAAUGAAGUCGUCAUCCCUCCAGUUUCGUGGCCCCAACAAGAUGGACGCUUUUCCCUUCGACGGUCUCUCUCACAGGAUUUUUCCAACAGGUCAGGACGUCAGUGUACGAAGAGGGGAGGAGGUCGUUGGCAGCAUUGCUGUCCUGGGUGUUAGUGUCUCUCAUCGACCUGAAGUAUCCCGCAGGUUGAUGCACAUUUGUAGAGCAGGAAAGAAUCAUGUUAAGUCUCAAAUUUUUCUGGUUAGAAACGCAAAUUCGUUCACGUAGCCCAAUUAGGAACUAGAAUCUGGAUAGAGAGCACAAUCACGUUAGGAAUAGAAAGCCUUUCAAGACAUGCAAUUCUACUCAUAACUCCGCCAUCACACAUCUUGGGUCUUCUGUAUGGAUUCUCUUGCUCGCUUUCGUUUCAUCUUAGAAGAUCUUUGGUGUAGUGAUUUUGUUAGAUAUUUUCACUCAACGAAGAUUGUAUGUCUUGCGAUUCUUAGAAACCCUACCAGGGACUGGUAGAUGUUGAGUCAACGCCUCUGUAGAAGUAGCAUCUAUCCUUGCUUCGUAGCCCUCCGGAGCUCUUGUACAGCGGCUGAACUUUUCAUUUUUGAGCUUCUCAAACCGGGGCUCUGAGGUCAUUUCGAUUGUUUACAAGAGAGCACAUGUAGGUAGAGGUCUGAAUUGACAAUAUAUAUUUAUAUGUUCUUCAAUAAACUCCCCUUCCUGAUACGG